AUGAGGAGGGGAAAAGUUAAGCUCACAUUUAUCGAGAAUGCCAAAUCAAGAAAAUCGUUCUUAACAAAGAGGGCAGUUGCUAUUUCUAAGAUGGCAAGCGAACUCGAAAUUCUUUGUGGUGUGAGUAUUGCAUUUGCCUUCUUUAACACCAAUAAUGUUGAGCCAUGUGAAGUGUUUCCAUCCCAUGAGGCAGUGAAGGAUAUGAUGUCUUAUUUCAUGAAUGUGCCUCCCAAUGAACAGAAAGCAACAACUCAAGACGUCCACCUCUCUGAAAGGAUAACUAUAGAAUCCUCCAGAUUGCAAAUUUUGAAGGAGAAGAACAUCAAAUUUGAGGGUCUUGAAUAUUUAGGAAAACUUUUUGAAGGUAGUAUCGAUUUAAGUCAAAUUGAAUUACAAAUUCUUUAUUCCAUGAAUCAAGUCAUAGUUAGCAAGUUUGAAGAGAUCGAUAGAAACCGAUCCCAAAACAUGAACAAUGACGGAGCCCGCGAUGAUAAUCAAUAUCCUCCUGAACCCCAACAAGGAGGAUCUAACUUCAGCAACAACAUGGUUCACUUACCGUGGAUGAUGCAGUCAGCGUUUGAUCCAUCUGCAGUUGGAUCUAGUAAUGGAGGGAGAAAAUAA